ACAGCCCCGCCCCUUCUCCUGGCCCCGCCUCUCUUUCCCUAAGGCUCUAAGCCUCUUCCUCCUCAGCUGGGGCAUUUAGGUCCCCAUCUGUGCAUAAAGACGGGAGUCUUCACAGUGUGACAAGAUCUGUGGAGGCAGCUCAGAAGUCAGUGCCUUCUCUACCUGCCAUUGGCUUCCCUUCAUCUGGAACACCUCUUGGACUUCAGCAUCAGAAGGGUCUGCUCCACUUCCAUGAUGUUCAACAUGGAGGUGGCAACCUUUGAAGAUGUGGCUGUGUAUCUCACACGUGACGAAUGGGGUCUUCUUGAACCUGCUCAGCGAGACCUGUACAGGGACGUGAUGCUGGAGAAUUAUGGAAACUUUAUCUCACUGGGAUUUCUAGGCUCCAAGCCUGAUGUUAUCUCUCAGCUGGAACGAGGGGAAGAAUCCUGGGUCCUGGACAUUGAGAAGCCUGAGGAAAGGGAGCUCUCAAGUAGGAAGGGAGCUUACAGAGGUUAUAAGAAAAAAUCCAAGGAAAAGUUGUCUCUAAGACAGGAAGUUGCUAAAGGGAGAAAAAUAUAUAAAAAUGCAUCAGUGAAGUACCCAAGGGAUACUUCCCAGGUCUUGGACGUUGGAGAAGACUAUGUAAAGGAAAGCAGUUUAGAGGAGCAGAUUAGAAACGUCAGGGGAAAGAAACAUAGUAAAUCCAUUUCCAAACAAAUGCUUGUCUUACAACAGAAAACAACUGAAGGAGAGAAAGGCCAGGAACUUAAUGAAUUUGGUAGACUGGUCAGCUGUAGCUCAAACGAUGUUACAAAUCAAAGAAUUCAUAAAAAAGAAAGAAGCUACAAGUGUGAUACUUGUGGUCAGAAUUUUGUACGUCAUUCAGCCCUUAUUCAGCAUCAGAGAAUUCAUACUGGAGAAAAGCCCUAUGAAUGUGAUGACUGUGGGAAAGCCUUUAGUCGAAGCUCAGAUGUAAGAAAACAUCAGAGAAUUCAUAAUGGAGAGAAACCUUAUGAAUGUAAUCUGUGUGGUAGAGCCUUCAGUCAUGGCUCACAUCUUACACGACAUCAGAAGAUGCAUACUGGAAAGAAACCUUUUGAAUGUAAUGAAUGUGGGAAAGCCUUCAGUGAGAACUCGGAUCUUAUUCUACAUGAGAUAGUUCAUACUGGAGAGAAACCUCAUGUUUGUAACAAAUGUGGGAAAGCUUUCCGUCGGAAAUCAUACUGCAUUCGACAUGAGAGAGUGCACAUUGGAGUGAAACCUUACAAAUGUAAUGACUGUGGGAAAGCCUUCACUCAGUCCUCAAGUUUUAUUCAGCACCAGAGAGUUCAUACUGGUGAGAAACCCUAUGAAUGUAAGGAAUGUGGCAAAGCUUUCAGUCAAAGCUCACAUCUUACUGAACAUAAGAAAAUUCAUACUGGGGAAAAACCUUUUAAAUGUAGUGAAUGUGGGAAAGCCUUCAGCUACAUCAAAGGUUUUAGUCAGCACAUGAUAAUUCAUAGUGGAGAAAAACCCUAUGAAUGUAGUGAAUGUAAGAAAGCCUUCAGUCGCCAUUCUCUCCUCAUUCGUCAUCAGAGAGCUCACACUGGAGAAAAACCAUAUGAAUGUAAUGAAUGUGGAAAAGCUUUCAGUAGACGGUCAGUCCUUAAGGAACAUCUGAGAAUUCAUACUGGGGAAAAACCAUAUGUAUGUAAUGAGUGUGGGAAGACCUUUAGUCGGAGUUCUCACCUAAUCCAGCAUCAGAGAACUCAUACUGGGGAGAAGCCAUAUGAAUGUAAUGAGUGUCAGAAAGCUUUUAGUCGAAGUUCAGAUUUCUUAAAACAUCAGAGGAUUCAUGCUGGAGAGAAACCUUAUGAAUGUAAUAAGUGUGGGAAAGCCUUCAGUCAAAAUUCAUAUCUUAUUCGACAUGAAAAAAUUCAUUCUGGUUGAAAACUCAAUAAGUAUAAUGAAUAUGAGAGAGCCUUUAUGUGAGGAUCAAAUGAAAUAAUAUUUGAAAGCACUUAGCACAGUGCCUGGCAUAGAGAAGGUGCUGUAUAAAUGUUUAUUUCCUUCUCUUUCCUCCUUGAGUAAGAGCUCGUAAAUAUUAGUGAAGUCACAUAGACAAGAAACAAUUUAAGUGAAAUUAAUGUGUGAUAGUCUUCAAUUAGUUUACAGAUUUUAUUUGGCAGCAGAGGACAUAUUGAAAAAAAAGUCUUAUAAGUGUAAUAAAUGUGGAAUAGUCUUCAACAAAAAUCCACUCCUUGAAUAUCAUAGACAUCAUAUUGGCCAGUUGUUUUUGUUUGUUUAUUUUUUAAUAUAAUGAAUAUGGGAAAGCCUUUACUUAACAUUACACUAGUUUUAGGUGCAUCAGAUAAUUCAUUCAGGAGAGAAAUUUUGUGAAUGUGAAAAAUACAUCAGUUGCUAUUCAGUCCUUGUGCUAGAUCAAAUAAUCUCUAGUAGAGAGAAGACAUUUUCUUUAUCAAACAUUGCAGAAAACAUAUUAAAAAUCCAUCUAAAUGUUGUAAAUAUGAAAAACAUUCAGUUACCUUUCAG